AGAAGAACGAUUUAGACGAUGAGCAGAAGAUGCCGCUCAUUCCGAACCGGAGAGUGUCGGAAGAAGAAAGAAGUUUCCAGUGAUGGCAUCGGUUAUAACAUUUUAAAACAAAAAAUGGAUCGUUGCCUUUGGAUCUUUAUAACUAUUUUAUAUAUAACAUUAAUACAACUUGCCAUCGGAAGCGAAACUUCACAAAAAGAAGUCGAAGAAGUAACAUGUAGUCCAGAUAAUUUUCGAUGCAAGAAUGGACGCUGCAUUCCUCGGCGGUGGGUUUGUGACUACCAACGAGAUUGUGAAGAAGGUGAAGAUGAGCAUCAGUCUUGUCCACCACCUCAGUGCAAUACAAAUCAAUUCUCAUGUGGCCAAUAUGUAUUUAAUCAGUCAUAUUGUAUUCCUCGUCAUUGGCGAUGUGAUAGGGUGGUUGAUUGCGUGGAUGGUACUGAUGAGGGUGAGAACUGUGAUUAUAGACAAUGUUUAGCUUCUGAUCAUAAGUGUAUAAGUGGAUUAUGUAUUCCUGAAAGUCAAAAAUGUGAUGGAUAUUAUAACUGUAGAGAAGAAAGUGAUGAAAAAAAUUGUUCACACAAUGGAACAGCUUGCAGACUGAAUGAGUUUCGAUGUGUAAAUGGUGAUAAGUGUAUAGACGAAAAUAAGAAAUGUGAUCACUGGAAUGAUUGUGGAGAUAACUCUGAUGAAGAAGGAUGCGACUUUCCUCCAUGUCAUGAUGGUCAGUUCAGAUGUGCUAAUGCUAUUUGUAUUCCUCUACGAUGGAGGUGUGAUGGACAUGCUGACUGCACAGAUCAAUCAGAUGAAGCCAACUGUACUCUCAUUACUUGUCCGGAUACCAAAUUUCUUUGCCCAACAGAGAAACAAUGCAUUGAUAAGGAAAAAAUGUGUGAUGGACACAAAGAUUGCCAAGAUGGUGCAGAUGAACGAGAUGCAUGCUCAUCAAGACUGUGUAGUACUUUAGGUUGUGAAUAUGGUUGUAGAGCAUCCUUGGAAGGUGGAGAAUGCUACUGUUCAUCAGGAAAGAAAGUAGAUCAAAAUACUGGAAGAUUUUGUAUAGACUUAGAUGAAUGUGCUGAAUGGGGAUAUUGUGAUCAACUUUGUCUUAAUACUCAAGGAAGUUAUCAAUGCUCAUGUAUUGAAGGCUAUGAACUUUUGUAUCCUCGUCAUUGUCGUGCCACUAACAGUUCUGAAAUGAGGUUAUUUUUUGCCCAUCAUAGUGCUAUAUACAAAACAGAUGCUGAAGGUUUAUCAAUAGAAAUUGUUACAAAUACAACUGCUGCAAGUGGUUUAGAUUAUCAUUAUGAUCGAAAUGUUUUAUUCUGGUCUGAUUCAGACACAAGAAAGAUAUAUUCAGUAAGCCUGGAUAACUGGAGACAGCAAAGGAUACCAGGUGAUAUUACUGUCCCAUUUCCAUGGAGUCCUGUUGCAAUUGCAGUAGAUUGGGUUGGAAAUAAACUAUAUAUUUGUGAUGCACUGGGGCAAAAAAUUGAUAUUAUGGAACUUGAUGGUAGUCGUCACGCUAUACUUCUGAGCAGGAAUUUAAGUUCUCCCAUGGAUAUUGCCUUGGAUCCUACUGAAGGAUACAUGUUCUUCAGUGAUGGUGAUAAUAUUGAUCGUGCACAUAUGGAUGGUACACAAAGGAUUACAAUUGUAGAUACUUUUAUAUAUAAAGCUUCAGGAUUAGCUGUGGACUAUAUUACAAAAAGAAUAAUAUGGUGUGAUGCACAAUUAGACCAAAUAGCCACUGUAAAUUAUGAGGGUAAAAAUAGGCAGACUAUUAUUAGAGGAAGUACACGUGUUCCCUCUCCCAGCAAAAUAACUCUGUUUGAAGAUAAAGUAUAUUGGACUGAUGGCACAAGACAGGGUGUAUUAAAAACAGACCUUUACAAUAAUUCAGAUGUAGCUAAAGUUAUUUAUCGUGACAGAAGUAAAAUGAAAGAACCUAAGUCAAUAUUUCCCUAUCAUGCACUUCAUCAGCCUAGAGUAACUAAUCCAUGUGGAGUUAAUAAUGGUGGUUGCCAGCAUAUGUGUGUUGUAACUAGAGCAUCUGAUGGAUUUGGUAUUGCUUAUAGUUGUGUCUGUAAUAUAGGCUAUGAACUUGCUCCAAAUGAACAAGCAUGCAAAAGAGUUGAACAGUUUCUAUUAUAUGCACAACAGAAACUUGUACGAGGUACUUUGAUGAAUUUCAAAACAACAAGAUGCACAGAUGCUAUGGUGCCAAUUGUGAGCAAAUCGGCCAGAUUUGUUGGUUUGGAUUUUGAUGCUAGAAGGAAUUAUAUUUAUUAUUCAGAUGUUAUUCUUGAUGUUAUAUAUAGGAUAAAAACAGAUGGGACAGGGAAGGAAAAUGUUCUGGCAUCACAGAAUGAAGGAGUUGAAGGUUUAGCUCUUGAUUGGGUUUCCAAUAAUCUUUAUUAUAUUGACAGCCGUAAAGGAACAUUAAAUGUCAUCAGUGUAAUGAAUUUCCAAUAUCGCCGUACAUUAUUAAAAAAUUUAAAACGUCCAAGAGCAAUUGUUGUUCAUCCAAAUAAAGGAUAUGUAUUUUUCUCCGAGUGGGAUCGACCUGCAAAUAUUAGCAGAGCACAUUUAGAUGGAAGCAAUGUAAUGGUUUUUAGAGGUGUUUUGCUUGGAUGGCCCAAUGGAUUAAGUAUUGAUUUCAGUCGAGAUAGAUUGUAUUGGUGUGAUGCACUUCUAGAUCAUAUACAACAUGCCAAUCUUGAUGGUACAGAUGUAAGAACUAUUAAUUCACCAAGAAUAAAACAUCCAUUUUCAUUAGUAAUUUUUGGAGAAUGGCUUUUUGUGACUGAUUGGAGACUAGAUGCUAUUCUUCGCAUGAAUAAAGAAACUGGAGAACAUGAAAAAAUCGUUGCCUCAGUUGAAGAAGGAAGUCGUUUAUAUGGCAUUAAAGUUUAUAGUCGAGAUAAUCAAAAAAUUGACAGUCGUCAUCCCUGCCAAUCUAAUAACGGAAAUUGUCAGAAAUUCUGUUUCUCAAUACCAACAAAUAGUACUCAGGGUCCAGAUUUGAGAGUGCAAUGUGGAUGUCCUUAUGGAGAAAAAUUAGCUAAUGAUAGCAAAACCUGUAUUGCUGAUCCUAAUGCUGAACCACCAGUUCAAAGUUGUCCAAAUGCAUGGGAUUUUACCUGUGAUAAUCAAAGAUGCAUUCCUAAAACUUGGGUCUGUGAUGGUGAUGAUGAUUGUCUUGAUAAUUCUGAUGAAAUGAAAAAUUGUACUCAAACAACUUGUGGUCCAAGAGAAUUUCAAUGCGGUAGUGGUCGUUGUGUUCCUCAGAAUUUUAAAUGUGAUUCUGACAAUGACUGUGGAGACUAUUCUGAUGAGACAGGGUGUGUUAAUGUUACAUGUGAAGCUUCAGAAUUUAGUUGUGAUAAUGGACGUUGUAUUCCAAAAUCUUGGAAAUGUGAUUCAGAAAAUGAUUGUGGUGAUGGUUCUGAUGAAGGUGAUUUCUGCACUGAAAAAACUUGUGCAUAUUAUCAAUUUACAUGUCCUGGAUCAGGACACUGCAUACCUCAGAGUUGGAUCUGUGAUGGUGACAAUGACUGUUUUGAUCAAGCUGAUGAACAGAAUUGCCCUCCAAUAGUAUGCACAUCUUCACAGUUUCAGUGUGCAAAUUUAAAACAAUGUAUUCAUGAAAGUUAUCAUUGUGAUGGUGUUCCUGAUUGUAAUGAUAAUUCAGAUGAAUUGGGUUGUCCCAAAGUAAUNUCUGAUGAAGGUCCACUUUGUGAAUUAAAUGAAUGUAAAGACCAGAAAGUUGGAUGUACAGGUGAAUGUAUGCAGACCCCAACUGGUCCAUUAUGUCUGUGUCCAAAAGGAGAAAAAUUAAAUGAUACAAACACUUGUAUUGAUAUUGAUGAAUGUGCUGUACCUGGAAUAUGUAGUCAAGGUUGCUUCAACUCUAAAGGCUCAUAUAAGUGCACUUGUGAAGAAGGAUAUACUUUAGGAUUAGAUCACCACUUCUGUAAAGCAGAUAAUUGGACUAGUGCAUACUUGGUUAUUUCAAACAGAAGGUCAAUUCUUGUAGCUAAUUUAAAUACAACAACAUUAGAACGUGUUCCUGUUAGAGUGGAAAAUGUUGUUGCUACUUCUUCAGACAUGAAAACAGAUACAUUAUAUUGGUCAGAUAUGGUAGCAAAAAAAAUUUAUAAAAUGGUCAAAGGAGGAGAUCCAGAAGUUGUAAUUGACAGUGGCUUAGAUUUAGUAGAAGGAUUGGCAUUUGAUUGGAUAGCAAAAAAUUUAUAUUGGGUGGAUUCUAGAUUAAACACUGUUGAUGUGGCUACAGCUAAUGGAAAUCAUCAUAUUGUUUUAAUUGCUGAAAAUGUUAGUCAACCAAGAGGUUUAGCAGUGGAUCCAAGAGAAGAUGUUAGAUUAUUGUUUUGGAGUGAUUGGGGAGAGAAUCCAAGAAUUGAAAGUGCUGGACUUGAUGGAAGCAUGAGAAAAGUGAUUGUGCAUACUAAAAUAUUUUGGCCAAAUGGAUUGACAAUUGACAUCCCAAACAAAAGAAUUUAUUUUGCUGAUAGUAAAUUAGAUUAUAUUGAUUUUUGUAAUUAUGAUGGUUCUGGGAGACAGCAAGUACUAGGACAUAAUCAUUAUCUACUACAUCCACAUUCUUUAACAAUAUUUGAAGACACCUUAUAUUGGACUGAUCGUCAGUUGAACAGAGUUCUUUCCUGUCAUAAGUAUAAAGGCGAAAAUGAAACAGUUGUUUCUCAUCUUGUAAGCCAGCCGCUCGGAAUUCAUGUGAAUCAUCCUAUUUUACAACCUGCAUCAAGCAAUCCUUGUGAAAAAGCACCAUGCAGUCACUUAUGUUUACUUUCUCCUUCUAAACCAACUGGUUUUACUUGCAAGUGCCCUGCUGGAUAUGCUCAGGAUAGAACAGCGCCACUUGGAAAAUGCAGUUUGGUUGAUACACCAUAUCUGAUGGUAAUGCGUUCCACACAAUUGGUUGAUAUGAGUUUAACUCCUGGAGACAAACGAGUUGGAUAUUUUACACCACUUAUUGGAAUUGAAAAUGGUCAUGAUUUUGAUUAUGACAAAGAAGAUGGUACAUUAUUCUGGAUUCAAUUGGAAAACGAUGACAAAGAAAAUGUAAAUUAUCCAAAAAUUGAGAGAGCGCAACUAGAUGGAACAAAUCGUACUCAGAUUGUUGUAACAGGCAUUAGCAACCCACGUGAUCUUACCAUAGAUAUAGCAACCCAUGAUGUAUAUUGGGUAGAUUCAAGAGAAGAUGCAAUUCAGAGGGUAUCAUUCAGUGGUGGGAAACGCCAGUAUGUUCGUAAAAAUUUGCCAAAUCCCAUGGGUGUUGCAAUUUAUGGAGAUAAAGUAUUUUGGGUUGAUCGAAAUCUCAGGACUGUUUUCUCUGCAAAUAAAACUUCAGAUAAUAGUAGCACUAUAGAAUCUUUUAAAUCUGAUCUGGAUACUUUGAGAGACAUUGUUAUUUUUGACAAGAAAAAUCAGCCAAUGACAGAAAUGAUUGAUGUAGAAGGAAAAAAUAGGAAAGUGAUUGUUUCAGCUUCAGCAGGAAUUGCAAAACCUCAGGGUCUUUCUUUAAAUAAUAAUCGAUUAUAUUAUCUGGAUACAGUCUAUGAAAAAAUUGUGAGAGUUAAUUUACCUGAUGGUAAAAAUCCAGUUGUUAUGGAAGAAAAUGCUGCUAAUUUGAUUACUAUGAAAGUAUACAGCAAAAGGCCAACGGCGCCGAACGUCACACGUACNGAGGGAAUUGCAUUUGAUUGGACUACUAAAAAAGUUUAUUGGACUGAUUCUGGUAACAGAAGUAUUUAUGCAAUGAAUUUGGAUGGAUCUCAACUUGUUAUGAUUACUCGUGUUGAAAGACCAAGAGCAAUUGUUCUAGAUCCUUGUGAAGGUUUUAUGUAUUUUACUGAUUGGGGACGAUUUGGAAACAAAGGAAAAAUCUAUCGUUCAACUAUGGCAGGCAAUAAAAAAACUGAAAUCAUUGGUGAUAAUUUAACUCAACCAAGUGGAUUAGCUAUUGAUUAUGAAGAGAGAAAAUUAUACUGGACUGAUGCAUUGAGAGAAAAAAUUGAAAGAUCCGAUCUUGAUGGUAAAAAUCGUGAAGUAUUAGUACCUGCAACUAUAUAUCCAUUUGCUAUUACUGUGCACAGGAAUUAUAUAUAUUGGACAGAUUUACAGCUUCGAGGUGUAUAUCGUGCUGAAAAACACACAGGUGCAGGAAUGAUAGAAAUGGUUAAACGGCUUGAAGAAUCACCACGAGACAUACAUGUUUAUGCACCAGAUAGACAAAAAUGUAAUUCAUCUGUCUGCAGUUUAAAUAAUGGUGGCUGUGCACAUUCCUGUCAUCAAGCUGAAAAUGGAACAGUUGAAUGUCUGUGUAAUAAUACCUUCAAAGUUGCCAAUGAAGGGCGCAUGUGUGUUCCUGACAAUGUGACAUGUUCCGAACAAAAAUUUGCUUGUGCAAAUGGUAAAUGUAUUCCUAGAUUAUGGGCUUGUGAUGGAGAUGAUGACUGUGGUGACAAUACAGAUGAAGAUAAACAAUUUUGUGCCUUACAUACAUGUAGCCCAUCAGAAUUCCGCUGUGGUAAUGGAAAAUGCAUCUUUAAAACAUGGCAAUGUGAUCAUGAAAAUGACUGUGGUGAUAAUACUGAUGAAGAGGACUGUAAAUAUCCACCUUGCAAAGAGGGAGAAUUUACUUGUGCCAAUUAUCGUUGCAUACCCAAUGCACAAUUAUGUAAUGGUGUACACGAUUGUAAAGAUAAUAAAACUUCUGAUGAAAGUGCCGAAAGAUGUCCUAAUAAUAGAACUUGCCCUGCAAAUCACAUAAAAUGCAAUUCAACAAACAUAUGUGUAGAACAAUAUUGGCUUUGUGAUGGAGAUAAUGAUUGUGGAGAUAACUCUGAUGAAAAUUCAAUUGUUUGCUCAGAUAGAUCUUGUCCACCAAACAGUUUUAGAUGUCCUAAUAAUCGAUGCAUACCGGCAACAUGGCAUUGUGACGGUGAUAAAGAUUGUGAUGAUGGUGCUGAUGAACCAAAAGAUUACUGUAAGAGUGAGAAAAGGACAUGUUUUGGUGACCUCUUUACUUGUGAUAAUGGUAAUUGUGUUCCACGAAUAUAUCUUUGUGAUGGAGAUAAUGAUUGCCUUGAUAAUUCUGAUGAAGAUGAUCGUCAUCAGUGUGGUGAAACUCCAUGUUCACGUCCUGAAAAUGGAAAAUGUGAACAACUUUGUUUUGCAAUGCCUUCAUCCAGUACAGAAAACUAUAAAUGCUCUUGUGCUUCUGGUAUUUUGUCUUCUGAUAAGAGAACAUGUGAAGAAACAAAAGAAUAUAUAAUAUUUACAACUCGAAGAGAAAUUAGAAGUAUUCACUUAAAUCCCGAUAUUACAAGCUUCCCAUUUCCACCAAGAGGAAAUCUUACAAAUGUUGUUGGAUUGGAUUUUGAUUACACAGAUAGACAUUUACUCUUUACUCAAAUACGUCCCGAUGGCAGUAUAUCCUGGAUGAAUUUAGAUAAUCUCAGUGAAAUGAAAGUCAUACAAGACAAGGGUAUUAAUCCAGAGGGAAUUGCAUUUGAUUGGACUACUAAAAAAGUUUAUUGGACUGAUUCUGGUAACAGAAGUAUUUAUGCAAUGAAUUUGGAUGGAUCUCAACUUGUUAUGAUUACUCGUGUUGAAAGACCAAGAGCAAUUGUUCUAGAUCCUUGUGAAGGUUUUAUGUAUUUUACUGAUUGGGGACGAUUUGGAAACAAAGGAAAAAUCUAUCGUUCAACUAUGGCAGGCAAUAAAAAAACUGAAAUCAUUGGUGAUAAUUUAACUCAACCAAGUGGAUUAGCUAUUGAUUAUGAAGAGAGAAAAUUAUACUGGACUGAUGCAUUGAGAGAAAAAAUUGAAAGAUCCGAUCUUGAUGGUAAAAAUCGUGAAGUAUUAGUACCUGCAACUAUAUAUCCAUUUGCUAUUACUGUGCACAGGAAUUAUAUAUAUUGGACAGAUUUACAGCUUCGAGGUGUAUAUCGUGCUGAAAAACACACAGGUGCAGGAAUGAUAGAAAUGGUUAAACGGCUUGAAGAAUCACCACGAGACAUACAUGUUUAUGCACCAGAUAGACAAAAAUGUAAUUCAUCUGUCUGCAGUUUAAAUAAUGGUGGCUGUGCACAUUCCUGUCAUCAAGCUGAAAAUGGAACAGUUGAAUGUCUGUGUAAUAAUACCUUCAAAGUUGCCAAUGAAGGGCGCAUGUGUGUUCCUGACAAUGUGACAUGUUCCGAACAAAAAUUUGCUUGUGCAAAUGGUAAAUGUAUUCCUAGAUUAUGGGCUUGUGAUGGAGAUGAUGACUGUGGUGACAAUACAGAUGAAGAUAAACAAUUUUGUGCCUUACAUACAUGUAGCCCAUCAGAAUUCCGCUGUGGUAAUGGAAAAUGCAUCUUUAAAACAUGGCAAUGUGAUCAUGAAAAUGACUGUGGUGAUAAUACUGAUGAAGAGGACUGUAAAUAUCCACCUUGCAAAGAGGGAGAAUUUACUUGUGCCAAUUAUCGUUGCAUACCCAAUGCACAAUUAUGUAAUGGUGUACACGAUUGUAAAGAUAAUAAAACUUCUGAUGAAAGUGCCGAAAGAUGUCCUAAUAAUAGAACUUGCCCUGCAAAUCACAUAAAAUGCAAUUCAACAAACAUAUGUGUAGAACAAUAUUGGCUUUGUGAUGGAGAUAAUGAUUGUGGAGAUAACUCUGAUGAAAAUUCAAUUGUUUGCUCAGAUAGAUCUUGUCCACCAAACAGUUUUAGAUGUCCUAAUAAUCGAUGCAUACCGGCAACAUGGCAUUGUGACGGUGAUAAAGAUUGUGAUGAUGGUGCUGAUGAACCAAAAGAUUACUGUAAGAGUGAGAAAAGGACAUGUUUUGGUGACCUCUUUACUUGUGAUAAUGGUAAUUGUGUUCCACGAAUAUAUCUUUGUGAUGGAGAUAAUGAUUGCCUUGAUAAUUCUGAUGAAGAUGAUCGUCAUCAGUGUGAAAACAGAGAAUGUGAUCCAGAAAAAGAAUUCACUUGUAAAGUAAAUAGACAAUGGGGAAGAGCAGUUUGUAUACCUAAACGAUGGGUGUGUGAUGGCGAUCCUGAUUGUGUAGAUGGAUCUGAUGAAAACAGUACCAUGAAUAACUGUCCGCCUCCUGAACCUUGCCAAGAGAACCAAUUUCAAUGUGAUAAUAAGAGAUGCAUUGGCAAAGAAUGGGUUUGUGACCAUGAUAAUGAUUGUGGUGAUGGUUCUGAUGAACCAAAAAAUUGCACAUUCCGUGCUUGCACAGCUGAAGAAUUUACUUGCCGUAACACAAAAUGUAUCCGCAAGAUUUAUCAUUGUGAUGGAGAUGAUGAUUGUGGUGAUAAUAGCGAUGAAUUAGCAACAGACUGUGUGACUGAAGAAGCAACAUGUUCUGGUGCACAAUUUAAAUGUAAAAAUGGCCAAUGUAUUCCCUAUGAACGUGUAUGCAACAAACAAAGAGACUGUACUGAUGGAUCUGAUGAACCUGCUCAUUGUAAUGUCGAUGAAUGUGAGAAGGUAGAAAGUAAUCAGUGCGAACAUAAAUGUGUAAAUACAUUGACUGGAUUUUAUUGUGAAUGUAAUGCUGGUUAUAAAUUAAUGAGUGAUGGUAAAGCUUGUAGAGAUAUUAAUGAAUGUAUAACUGGACCUAGUGUCUGUUCACAAUAUUGUUUUAAUACUCCUGGUUCCUAUUAUUGUAAAUGUAACGAAACAUAUUACGAACGACAGCUUGACGGCCACUCUUGCAAAAGAAGAGACAAUGAAGAACCAUGGCUUAUUUUUAGUAAUCGUUAUUAUCUUCGAAACAUGAGUAUUAGUGGUGUACAUUAUAACUUAAUUAAAAUGGAACUCAGAAAUGUUGUUGCAAUGGAUUUUGACAUUAGUGAAGAUAGACUUUAUUACUGUGAUGUUAGCAAUAAAACAAUCAGUAGAAUAUUUAUUAAUGGAACUGGUGAAGAAAGUGUUAUUUGGCAGGAUGCAAAUGGUCUAGAAGGAAUGGCGGUUGAUUGGAUAGGAAGAAAAUUGUAUUGGUUGGAUCGCAGUAGUAAACAUUUGCAUGUAGCUGAACUAAAUGGUAGAAAUAGAAGAGUUCUGAUUAAUAAAGGCAUUUCUGAUCCAAGAGCUAUUGCCAUACAUCCUGGUAUUGGUANCUUUUUUUUAAUCCUGUGUAACAAUGUAAUUUUUAUCAACAGAUAUGCAGAUUUUGAUGGUAAAAACAGACACAUCAUCUUAUCCGGUACAUCUGUUCCACACGUUUUUGCAAUGACACUCUUUGAUGAUUGGAUAUAUUGGACAGAUUGGAAUCUGAAAAGAAUUUUUAGAGCUCAUAAAUAUAAAGGAAAUAAUCUAGAGGUUUUGCGAAAUACUUCCCAUAGUCCUUAUGAUAUCCAUAUUUAUCAUCAUCUUAGACAGUUACCAUAUGAUAACCCAUGCAAGAAUAAUAAUGGAGGUUGUAGUCAUUUAUGUCUAAUUUCACCUGGUGGAAAAACCUAUAGUUGCAGUUGUCCAAACAAUUUUGUUCUUCUUUCGGAUAAUCGCACUUGUAUAGCCAAUUGCACUAAACGUCAGCAUCGUUGCAGUGGCGAUGACGACCGGUGCAUACCUAUGUUUUGGAAAUGUGAUGGAAAUAAGGAUUGUCAAGAUGGUUCAGAUGAAAUGGAUUGCCGUAAUUAAUUUUUAUACAUAUUAUUAUUUUUGAAAAAAUUAAAUAGAAUUUGUAUGGAAACUUUUGUUUUUUAUUUAGCACCAUUUACUUGCAAAGUGGGACAGUUCCAAUGUGCCGACAACAAAACUUGCAUUUCUCGUGUCCGAGUCUGUGAUGGAAAGAAUGACUGCCAAGACAAUUCUGAUGAAAAAUAUUGCGAAUUACAUUGUGGUGAAAAUAGCUUUAAAUGCAAACGUUCUGGAAGAUGUGUACCGAAUACAUGGCAUUGCGAUGGUGAUAAUGAUUGUGCUGAUGGAUCCGACGAGGAUCCAGAAUUGUGCCAUAAACAAAAAUGUGAUCCAGAAACACAAUUCAAGUGCCAAAAUGGUAAAUGUAUCCCAAAACUUUGGUUCUGUGAUUUUGAUGAUGACUGUGGUGAUAAUUCAGAUGAACCUGCACACAGAUGUAGAAACAGAAACUGUACUACAGGAUGGAAGAAAUGUCCGACAGUUGGUAACUAUCGAUGCAUACCCUCUUGGUUAUUCUGUGACGGCAAAGACGAUUGUCGUGAUAACUCAGACGAAACGACUCCAGAGCACUGUCCAAAAUGCCACGAAUCUGGAGAUUUCCGCUGUAAAAAUAACCGCUGCAUUCCUUUAAGGUGGCGGUGUGAUUUUGAAGAUGACUGUGGGGAUAACUCUGAUGAAGAAAAAGAAAGUUGCACCAAUCUCUAUCGUGAUUGUUCUGAAAGUGAGUUUCAGUGUAAAAAUAAGAAAUGUAUACCAAUGAAGUGGCGAUGCGAUCACGACGAUGACUGCGAAGAUGGAAGCGACGAACAAAAUUGCAAAGAUUUUACUUGUAAACCAGACCAAUUUAAAUGCUUAAGUGGGCAUUGUAUUAAUGCAAAAUUGAGAUGUGAUGGGAACAAGGAUUGUAAAGAUACUUCGGACGAGCUCCAUUGUCCGACACGUUUUCCAAAUGGCCGAUAUUGCCAAGAAAAUAUGUUUCAAUGCAAUAACACAAUCUGUUUACUUCAUGAUUUUGUUUGUGACGGAGAUGACGACUAUGGAGACAACUCUGAUGAACAUGAUAGUGUCUGUUCUAAUUUCUCCUGCGACACUUCUCGUAAAUUCCUGAAAAAUCGUCGCUGCAUUCCAAAAUGGCAAACCUGCAAUGGUCGCAAUGACUGUGGAGAUGGAAGCGACGAAAAUGACCAUUCCAUGUGCUACAGACCUCCUCCCUCUUGCAAAAAAGGACAAUUUAAGUGCACUAACGGAAAAUGUAUUGAACUGACAAAAGUCUGCGAUCACGAAGAUGACUGCGGAGAUCUUUCGGACGAAGUGGGAUGCAAUGUUGGAAAAUGCGAUACUGUUACUAAAGGUGGAUGUCAACAUAAUUGCACAUCUCUAAAAGAUAACGGAUAUAUUUGUAUCUGUGAUAAAGGAUACAAAGUAAAUAGUAAGGAUACUAAAUUAUGUGAUGAUAUAGACGAAUGUGCCAAUUUUGGAAAUAACUGUUCGCAAAUAUGUACAAACACCAAAGACUCAUAUACAUGUUCUUGCCACGAGAGUUUCCAACAAUAUGGAAAACACUGUGCCGCCACAGCAGAUUCCAACUUACUCGUAUUGUAUGCCGUCGGUCCCGAAAUUCGUUCGUUGGAUCCCCGCCUGCAGAUUCAGUCUUCCGUCAUCAACAACCAGACCAGGAUUCAGGCAUUUGACUUUGAUCCAGUGAGAGAUAUCGUCUACUGGGCAGAUUCGUUUGACAAAACGAUAAAACGUUCUUUCCUUCCCGACACGAAACACCAAGGAACCGGUUAUGCCCAGAAUCUGGAACUGAAGGGAAUUACCAAACCGACGGCCAUUGCCGUGGACUGGGUGGGAAGAACUUUGUAUUGGAUGGAUAUCAAUCUCUCCGGAAACAAACCUCAGGGAAGAAUAUUCGUCGGUCACCUGGACGGACGUUACAGGCACACGGUCGUCUCCACCGGACUGGAAAAUCCCACGUCGUUGGCUCUGGAUCCAGAAUUGGGGUAAGUUAAGGAAUCAAGCAAGAGUUUUAAAACAAAACAAAAAUUGUGAGGUGAUCUUGUUAUUUCUUUAGUAUGGCAUUGGGAUUAAAAUCGUGUUAUAACUUUCUCAAUUCGUAUAGCAAAUGAUAUGUUGCAUUGAUCUAUGCAAACAAGAUUCUGAAAAUGAAGAUUUAACAAGUCUCUCUCUUCUUCCAAUUUAAUUCUAUAAAAGCUUUUCCUAUGAACUUAUGAUUCCAAUGCAGACUUCUGUUAUAUGGUUAUUUUUAGUCCUUUUUAUAUAUAUAAAAAAAAUUUAAUUGUUAAAUACUCUGGGUUCCAAAAUUAAAACUUGAUUUACACCAGGGGCAGCCCAAU